CCCCAACAGACGCGGACGACUCCCUCCCAACUCGGAGCCCUCUUGCCGACCCUCAACCUCGCCAAAAGCCCGCGGCCCAUGUCCCUGCCCCGCAGGGGAAGAGGGCCCCGCCUGGCCGGCUCCCGAGUGACGGGUACCACCGGUCCGCGGGCUACAGCCCUCUCCCCGCAGCGGGCCGGCCGCGGGGCCCAGGCGCUGAGCCAUGCGCAACGCCUCACCCGGCGGCGCCAUUCCUCCCAGCAGGUCCCGCCGGAGCCCCAGUCUCAGGCUGACUUCCGCUCGGGCAAGUGGCUCUUCGAGCGAGCCGGAGGGGACGCCAGGGACUCGCGACAAGCCCUGCGUGCCGGGAUAGGCUCCAAACACAGGGUCUGUGGUCGGGAAGAUGUAGUGAUCCCUUGUGUUUCUGACGAUUCAGGAAGUGUGGAUUUGCAGCUGAGCAGUAUAGAGGAUAUUAAAAACCGCCCAAGUAGCGUUGAAAAUACAGAUUCAGACAUCUCCGACUUCCCUGGACUCCCUCCAGAGCCCCUCUCAGACAGCUUCAGUUCCAUGGCCUGUCCAGGACCUCUCCGUGAGAUCGUCAUUGACACGUUGAUCGACUCCAUUAAGGAGGGAUUGAAUGGUGACUUAAAGGAUGAACAUGAAAAGCUGGCAUUCCUAAGAUCUUUGUCUUCUCUCUGCCAAAAUUUACCCUAUGAUGAAACCACAGAGUCCUUCAUUCACAGCCACCUGGUGGACAUUGUGCAUGUCCUCAGUGUCCUGGUACAAGAGGAGUCCCUGCACACUCUGUUCAGCCCCGUGCGCCAAGAGAUCUUCGUCAUCAUUGCUGGUCUCAGCUACCUAGAUGUGCACCUGCUGUUUGGAUCUGAAGAUCGUGCUGACUUGUUCAGUCUGGUCACCCGAAGUCUCAUCACUCUGCCAUCCCUGAGCAGCCUGAGCCAGCUGCAGGAGGGCAUGCCAAGCCGACCCUACACCCCCGAGUAUCUCUACAGGCAGACGUUCCAGGCAUUCUUGGAGAUGCUCCAGAGUUUGGUGGUAAAAGACCCACAUUUGGAAAACCUUGAUGCCAUUGUUAAGCAGAUGGACCCGUGGUUACAGUCUGUUGUUGACCAUGAGAGGGAACGGGCCACAAUCAGCAUGUCUCAAGUUCUGAAGUGCUUAUCCAGACACCUCAACCUCAAGGUUCCACUGCAAUUCCAAAGACUUGGCCACCUGGUGGCCCUGAUGGCGCUGCUGUGUGGGGACUCGCUGAGGGAGGUGGCAGAGGAGGCGGCAGAGGGCACCCACUACCUGCUGCGUAUCACCCUGAGACUGAAGUAUAUCACUCAUGACAAGAAAAAUCACCAAAGCUUGAGAAAUGCGUUGAAAAAAUGUCGAGAGCUUCUGGAGCUCUGUGGUAUUAAGCAGUUCUACAGCUGUCCGGUCAAAAUUGUCCAGAUCUUCGAAGUUUUUCUCAAUGCAAAUGAGCUCUGCCAGUUUGCGAUGACUACGCUGGACAGCCUGGGAAAUCAGAGUCAUCCUUGCACCCAGAGUUCGGCGAUAGAAUUGCUGAUAACCUUGGUGAAAGAUGUUGAGUCCCAAACUGAAAAGGUGCCAGAAGUCAUGGGAGUUAUCUGUGCCCGGCUGUCCAUCAUCAACCAGCCUAGAUUGCGCCAGCAGAUCAUCCAUACCGUGAGUCUGUUCAUCUCCAGGUCCAAGUACACGGACACGAUGCUCAGCUACCUGCUGUGCCUCCCAGUACCAUACGACAGGCAUCUGGCUGAGCUGUGGAGGAGCCUGGAGGUAGAGCUACCCAGCACCACCUGGCUACUGUGGAGGCUCCUGAAGAAGCUGCAGAAACACCACAACAUGGCCCCACAGGAGAAGACAGCCUACGUGGCUGUUGCUGCAACAAAUGCCCUUUAUGAGCUGUUUGUUGGGAACAGGCUCCGGGCAGCUAUGUUCCGACUCUGUCCCCAGCUGCUCAUGACCUUGCUCAUCCAGAUUCACCAUAGCAUCGGCCUCACCAUGUCUGACAUCACCGUCUCCAAUGACCUGUACACAGAACAGGAAAUGCCUUCUGAAGUCACCCCUCUGUGCCUCGCCAUGCAGGCCACAAAGAUGCUGCUCCUCAGAACCCUAUGCUGGCAGGAAUUCUAUGCCAUGGAGAAGAGCCGAGGCUGGAGUCUUCUGGGUGGAAACGAUUGCCAUCUUCAGGGAGUGUUCCUCCUUGCCAACACAUUGCUGGAAAGAAAUCAAGACCUUGCACACAAAGUCAUGUACCUGUUAGUCCCUCUACUCAACCGAGGGAACGAGAAGCACCAGCUCACUUCGGCAGGUGUUUUUGUGGAGCUGCUCCAGAGUCCAGUGGUCAAGAGGCUGCCCAACAUCUACUCUGUGGUCCGCCUGAGAGACUGGCUGCUCUGUGGAAAUAAUCUCUUCAGAAUCCUUGCCCUGAGGGGGCUGCAUCACCUCGUCAAACACCAGAAGAUGAAGGAAGACGUCAGCAGCCUGCUGCCGCCCAUCAUGGACUGCUUGUGUGAGAGCGAUGGAAGGAUUGUUCUGCUGGCCAUGCAGCUUCUGCUGCACUUUGUCGGGACGGUGGAUCCCAGCACCUUGGCUUCCCUGAUGAAGACUGUGUUCUCCCUGUUUGGUGACGUGCGCCCUGAUGUGCAUCGUGUCUCCAUGACCCUCUUUGGAGCCUCUGUAAAGGCCGUGAAACAUGCAGACAAGAAGGGCGUCGAGAACCAAAUCCUGGGCAGCCUGAUCCCACUGCUUCUGUAUUCUCAGGAUGACAUUGAUGCCAUAGCUGAGGAGAGCAAGCGAGUCCUCAGUAUCUGUGCCACAUUCCUCAAGUGGAAGCUGCCCCGAGCAGUAUCCUGCAAAGACCCCUGGUACAUCAGACCUGUUCAAGUGGGGACCAUCUGCAAGUUUUUUGGAAAAAAAUGCAAGGGGAAAAUUAACAUCCUUGCCCAAACUUUGACGUACACCAAGAAUGCCAAACUUCCCAUCAGAAGAACAGCAGUUUUGUUUGUAGGGCUCUUUUCAAAAUACAUGGACAGCAGUGAGUUCAAGAUGCAGGGCACUGAAUGGAUAGAGGAUGAUCUGAGAAGUCUGCUGCAUGACCCCGAACCCUCUCUGCGCGUGAUCGCCUCCCGGGCUCUGUUUCGAGUCCAGAGGGUGAGGAUGCAGCCUGAGGCCGAGCAGACCAUUUGUUGGCUGAGGAAGCACCUUUGCUGUAUUCCUGCCUAGGAGUGCGAGGCAGGCCACAACUGGUAAGGGUUGAAUCUCUUGGAAAGCACAGAAGCAACUACUCUCCCCACCUCUUUUUUUUUUUUUUCCAUAUUUAAGUAAUGCCAUUAUGAAGUAAAGGACCAAUCAUUCAAUCCCCUCUAACAAGCUUUUAUUUUAUUUUGUUUUAUCUUAUUUUUUGGCUGUCAAAACCCUCAAGGAGUUGGAAUAUACAAGGGAGGGCAGUUUUGGCUUAAAUCUGUAGAAACUGAAUAAUCUGAGCACAGCAGAGUAUCCAUAAAAUUCUGGUCUUGAUGAACAUGUCUGGGAUUGCUUUAAAAGAGGCUCCAAGUACAUGUUAAUCUUAUGACACUUAGCACUAUUAGCCCUUCAGACCUGCAGAUUUGUAGAAAAAAAUUUCCUAAUAAAUUUUCAGAUAAAGAGAUUAGGUUGUGGUGGCUGAAUAUACUGGUUGGUGCACAUGUAAGAGCAGGAAGUUGCCCAGAGUUACACACU